UCCCAGUUUCUGCGAGGAAUUUAGAAAAGUGUGUUUUUUUCUUCAGUGUGUGGAGUCUGAAGGCUGACCCAGACCUGCUGAGCUUCUUCUCCUGUUUAUUAUUCUAUUUUCCUACACAGAGAGCUCAUAUAGUGCCUCACUAUGAAGCUUAUAAGUGAAAAGAAACCUGCCUUCCCCUGGUUCGGCAUGGACAUCGGAGGAACGUUGGUCAAGCUGGUGUACUUUGAGCCCGUAGAUAUCACUGCAGAGGAAGAACAGGAAGAAGUGGAGAACCUCAAGUCCAUCCGCCGCUACCUCACCUCAAACGUGGCCUAUGGUAAGACCGGCGUCCGUGACGUCCACCUGGAGCUGAGGAACCUCACCAUGUGCGGCCGGACGGGGAACCUGCACUUCAUCCGCUUCCCGACGCAGGCCAUGCCCCGGUUCAUCCAGAUGGGACGCGACAAGAACUUCUCCAGCCUGCACACAACGCUCUGCGCCACCGGAGGCGGAGCGUACAAGUUCGAGAACGACUUCAGGACGAUGGCCGACCUGGAGCUGCUGAAGCUGGACGAGCUGGACUGCCUGAUCCGCGGCCUGCUGUUCGUGGACCGGGUGAGCUUCAACGGACACCCAGAGGGCUACUACUUCCAGAACCCGUCAGACACCCAGAGCUGCGUGAAGAAGACCUGCACCCUGGACAACCCUUUCCCCAUGCUGCUGGUCAACAUCGGCUCCGGGGUCUCCAUCCUGGCCGUGUACUCGGAGAACAACUACAAACGGGUGACUGGGACCAGUCUGGGAGGCGGUACGUUCCUCGGCCUUUGCUGCCUGCUGACGGGCUGCGAGACGUUCGAGGAGGCGUUGGAAAUGGCCAGCAAGGGCGACUCCACCAACGUGGACAAGCUGGUGAAGGACAUCUGGGGAGACUACGAGCGCUUCGGCCUGCAGGGCUCUGCCGUCGCAUCCAGUUUUGGUCACAUGAUGAGCAAAGAGAAGCGAGACAGCAUCAGUAAGGAGGACCUGGCCAGAGCCACACUGGUCACCAUCACCAACAACAUAGGAUCCAUAGCACGGAUGUGUGCAGUCAACGAGAAAAUCGAGCGUGUGGUGUUUGUGGGGAACUUCCUUCGCAUCAACACGGUUUCCACUAAGCUGCUGGCCUACGCCAUGGACUUCUGGUCCAAAGGACAACUCCGAGCCCUCUUCCUGGAGCACGAGGGUUAUUUCGGAGCUGUCGGGGCGCUGAUGGAGCUGCUCAAGACAAGCGAGGACCCCUGAAUACAGCAUCACCAACCCUCACCCCCCCCCCCCCCGGACGCUGUGAUGUCAUCGCCUCCCGUCGCUGCUGAAAGGUCCCGUUCCUCCGAGGCCGCUAAAGGAAACACUAAGAGAGAGAGAGGGAUGCAGAAACUGAGAAAAGCCAUUUUAGUAAUUUAACUCUUGUAAAUAACGACGACCUCUAACCUCUC